GAUAGGGUGCAAAGGCCAUGAAACUAAAAAGAAGAUCAGCUGAUUUCUAACGUCAAUGUGACAAGUGACAUUUGAAUUGGGGGAGAUCCGGAUUUUUGUUCCAAAUUUUAUUUUACAAAAAAUUUACGAGUUUUUAAAUAAAUUUUUUAGUUAGUCACAUUUUAUCAACCAUGGGUCACGGAUUCGGAAAUUUAUGGAAAUACAGGGGUAUUAUUACAUACAGAGUGUCGCCCUUUGAAAUUAAGGCUUUUGCCGGGGUCAUUUCACAUGGCUUUCCCAACACACUUAGAAGAAUCGCUGAAAAUAUACCCUAUGUGGUUCCUCCACUUGCUUUGGCCUACAUUACAUAUGAUCAAGUUGAGAAGGCUCACCACCAAACAAUGAAGAAAAACCCAGAAGAUUAUGCAAAUGAUAAAUAGAUUUAUGUACGACCAGUCUUAUAGUUGUAUUAGCACUUUUUAUUUAUAAUAUACAAAUACCAUUUAA